CAAGGGAGGGGUGCGGACCCUCUUUCUCUCUGGCAGCUGCAUUAGAGUGGCACCGGGCCCCCGACCACUGGUUGAUUGCUGCCGCGCCGUAGCGCUUCCAAGGUUCCCCUUUUACAGGACGGCCGUCUUACAUCUAAAUCCAACCGUCCCCGAUCCUCGCCCGCCCUCCUGCGACCCUCUCUCUGCCUUGCCCACAUCCCAUUGCGACAAGUCCUCCUCAGUCCAAGCACUCUAUACCACAGACACCAGCCAGACAGGCCCUUCGCCCCAUCUUUUAUCCCUCCAGGAUCAGUCGCAACCCACCAGUCGGAAUGGCCUCCUCAUCGCCCACCACCAACCCUUCGCAGCCCGCCAACAACGACAACAUGUCCUCCAACAACACCUCCUCCACCAUGGCCGAUACUGGCUUCUCAGACGAAUCUCUCGACCGGGACUGGAAGCCCAAUGGCCGCCGACCGCAGUCCACAAUCGCCCGUUCGUUCUCCGCCGAACUGGCCGACAUCUUCCGCCUCGACAACAGCGUUGCUGACCUCGAUGCCAAGAUCGAUGAGCGAAAGCAGGUCGUCCAGAGCCGAGCCUCUGAGCUCGAGGCCCUCGAGCAGCGCAUCAAAGACAUGGAGGCCCGCCUCAAGCGCAACGCCGUCAACCCCGCCCCUCAAGCCACACUCCCUCACCUCCAGCCCGUCACACAGCAGCAGCAGCAGCAGCCGCAGGCGCAAGACCAGAAACACGGGGGUUCCCGACCAGGUACGGCCAGGGCGAGCCAGCAGGCGGUUCCGGGGGCCCUGCCGCCGACGCCCACGGCUAGUGAAGGUGAAUACGAGAUUCUUGAAGACCCUUAUACCACAUCCUUUGGCCCAGAGUACCCCCGAUUCCGUCACCCACACCUGGUGCCGCGCAUGACGACGAGUGCGAAUGGCACUGGCAGCCAUGUUCUGCACCAGGCGCAGCAGCUCCGCAGCCAGCACUACCAGAACGCCCAGCUCAGUCCCACAGCCACUCUUAUUAAUGCGAGCCAGCUCCAUCACAAUAUCAAUAAGAACCCAAGUUCCGACGCGAGAUCAAUCAGGAGUGUUCGAACCAUCGGCUCCGAGAACGGAAGUGCUGACUUUAUAAUUGUGCCCGGUCCAGAUGGCGACGGCGAGCAGAAAUAUUAAGCUACACGCCCCUCUCCGACCUGAUGCGCCUUGAAGAGACAUGGGGGGCUGGCCGAGGAGACACUGGACCGGCCUGGCCUUGUACCCUGCGGGACGACCACCACAACAAGACAUCCCAUGAGCAAACCACCGCGAGAGAGUCCCCACCCGAGAAGACUGGCCCCGUACUGCCACAGGAACCCCCCAAUCGCUCGACCGGCCCAUCUCCCUGAGGAAUCACCACAAACCGUCACUUCGAGCCGCGCCUAUCCAUGUAUUUCCGGUAUUAUAGACGAUGGGCCCCAUAUUCCGCAGGCCACCAGCUCGCUUCAUUGUGCGCAGGGGGCCCAUCAACCACGAGCCACCAUUCGUUUUCUUCUCCAACGUUAGGGAACACCGCGCCCAACGUCAUUGCGUAGCCUUUUUGUAUUUUUUUUUUUUAUUCCGGAAUCCCGCCCCUGAAGCAAUCCCAUCCCGCCGUGCAACAGACGGCGAGAGCGAAAACGAAAAACCAAGGGCGGCGGGUCCCACCAUUCUAUGUCUUCCUUGAAUCAGGAUUUCUCACAGCAUUUUCGACAACCGAUUGAAAGUGGGGGAAUAAGUCGGUACCCCGGGCGGAGGAGGGAGGUGGGAAAUGGAACGGGCGGAAGAGGAAUGAGAUGGAAAUAGUUAGAUGAUAUGUCUGAUGACCACGAUGAUGUGAAAGGACCUAGGGAGGCGAGAGGUGUCGUCUCGUGCUGUUAUGCGCAGCUCGACACGGCAGACGGAAAGAAGGGCGGGAGACUGGCAGCGGAGACAGCUGGCCAGGAGGGACAAAAUGUACAUUACCGAUCGUGUUCUCGACUUGGGGGCAGGCUUCUAAUGUGCAUGUUCUUGAAUACCUCGAGCGUGAUCUGGCCUGGCAUGUGAGGCUUGCUAUGGGAGAGGCGGUCUGAGGAAUGCGGAAACACCACCACUCCAGCGCUUCCGGGUCCAACGGGGGCGCCGGUGGAGGGCUAGGCCAGGACGGGUGAGGGGGGAUGCCUGAGCACUGGGAGGACAACGACCACGAAGCCAUGUCGAUCGCAAGGAAGGACACUUGAGCAACAGAAUGUUCGUUUAUUUUGCAGUGCCACCAAACGGUCCAAGACCUUUUCAAUCCAUGGAUCACCACCACCUCAGCAUUACCUCCUUGGACCAUUCCCUCUUCCUCCGAAAUUGCGAGUCGCCGCGUGUGAAAGCACCAAAAAUUACAAAAGCGAUGGCCUGGAUAGGAUAAACUCAAUCCCCCACAAAAUUGCUCCUCGAAACCCUUGCGGUUCAAGUCCUUCUAGAGUCCUCAAGCUUUUCUAAAACGGCCACAGGCAC